AAGGGCGGGCGACCCAGGGGCUUUAUAUCCGGGUCGUGAUGCGGUUCAAAGCUUAACGCUGCAACGCUCUAUUGUGUUCCGUGUGUACGUGAUCAAGUGGAACUAAGAUGUCUGGAAGAGGAAAGACCGGUGCCAAGGCCCGCGCAAAGGCGAAGACACGUAGCUCCAGGGCAGGUCUGCAGUUUCCAGUCGGCCGAGUCCACCGUCUUCUCCGCAAAGGUAAUUAUGCUGAGCGUGUGGGCGCUGGAGCUCCAGUUUACCUGGCCGCCGUGCUGGAGUAUCUUACAGCUGAGAUUUUGGAGUUGGCCGGCAAUGCCGCCCGGGACAACAAGAAGACUCGUAUCAUUCCUCGCCACCUUCAGCUGGCGGUACGAAACGACGAAGAGCUGAACAAACUGCUUGGUGGCGUCACUAUCGCCCAGGGCGGUGUCCUGCCUAACAUCCAGGCUGUCCUUCUGCCCAAAAAGACCGGCCAGGCAGCUGCGACCACUGGCAAGGCGGGAAAGAAGGCCUCCUCUCAAUCUCAGGAGUAUUAGCCGCAUGGCUAACACCUUAGAACCCAACGGCCCUUUUAAGGGCCACCUACAGUACACAAAGACCAACAUUCCCUUAUGGGCUUUACCUUUGUCUUUGUAAAUAAAGUUUAUU